AUGGGUCUAGCCGAUCUACUCACGCGAGAUGAUUGGAUCUACACGGGAAUCCUCGGCUCAUCGUUUGCGAUCAGCUGGCUGCUGCGUUCUUCUCAAAAUAUGGGCUUGAUACGACAUGGAGGUGGACUAAUCGGGUUCAUGAUGGCUCUGCUGAUUUUACGAUGGAAAAUCUUUUAUUCGAUCCCGCUGGUGGUGUUUACGAUGCUUUCUAUAAAGCUGGUGGAUCAAAGACUUCUCACAAAGAUUGUCUUCGUGGUGACGUUCGUCUACUUGCUGGUGUGUCGAUACCUACACUUUGUGUUUCCAAUCGAAGAACUCGCUAGUCAGGCCAAUGGAUUACAGCUGAUAAUGACGCUCAGAGUCAUUGGACUUUCUUUUGAAAUCUCCGAUUCAAGGGUGGCUAGAUCGAAACCAAAGUCGGAUGAUACGAAAGUGAAGCGUCAUCUUUUACACGACCCUUCACUAUCUGAGAUGUUCAAUUACUUCUAUCAUUAUUGUGGACUAUUUACGGGACCAUAUUAUACUUUUCAAAUGCUCCUUGAUUCACAAGAACCUGUGUUAAUCACGAGCUGGUCGCCAUUAAAUGAGAUAAAACAACGAGGUUUACAAUUGCUCUGGUCGGUCCCAUUGUUUGUUAUCACUAACAAACUUUUUCCUUUGGAUCAUUUACGAAGCGAUGCUAUCUGGGAAUGGUCCUUCACAUAUCGACUAUUUUGGGCAGCCGCUGUUUUUGUUGUUUUCCGGAAUCGAGUAUACAGCGCCUGGGCUGUUUCAGAAUCAAUAUGUGUCACUAUCGGAAUCGGGAUCUACCCUAAGCUUUCCAAACCUACGAUUGUGGUUGGGCCUACCGAUGUAGAGAAAUACCAGUCACUACAUGGACGAACAGAAACCGAGUACAGCUCAGAAGCCAUCACAAAUUUGGACAUUGGGGAAGUCGAAUUCAGCGACGGAUUUCGCAGUGGGAUACGGGCCUGGAAUAGAUCCGUGCAGUCUUGGUUGGCGCUUUUCGUCUACUCCAGAACAAGUCGCACGUAUCGUGUCGAAGUUACGAUGUUUGUGUCAGCACUAUGGCAUGGAACCUAUGCAGGAUAUUUCAUGUCGUUCUUGGUUGUCCCAAUGUGUACGGCUGUAGAAGAUGUCAUCUUCAAACAAUUUGCAAACGCGAAACCAAAAUGGUUCCAAUGGCUUUACAUUUUAACGCUUCGCUCUCGUGGAUUCGAUUUCCUCGCUACAGGAUUUUUGUUGAAAAACUUUGCUGACACCCACCGAUUUUGGAGUAGUUUAUAUUAUUGGCUACCAAUCUCAUUAGCUCCCAUCUAUGUUAUUAGUAAAGUUAUUAUGAUCAUUUUUCCGCCACCGAAACGAGUUGUUUCA